CAUUGACGGUCCUGUAGUCCCGAGCUCCAGUCUCUUUAACGGGAUUCACGCUUGCUGUACAUCAGUAGUGUAUUUCUGCAAUGAGCUGAACCGACAGGAAUAUUUUAAGGAAUAACCUGGGAAAAUCAUGGAAUAAUACCAAUACAUAACAUUUAUUCAGGUGUGGUGAGCGAGCGAGAGCGUCAGGAUGCCGCUGGUCAAGCGCAGUAUCGAGCCUCGUCACCUGUGUCACACAGCUCUGCCACACAGCAUCAAGAACGAGCUGGAGUGUGUGACCAACAUCUCUCUGGCCAACGUGAUCCGUCAGCUGAGCAGCCUGAGUAAAUAUGCGGAGGAUUUGUUCGGCGAGCUCUUUAAUGAAGCUCAUUCUUUCUCAUUUCGAGUGAAUUCGCUUCAGGAGAGAGUCGACCGCCUGUCAAUCAGCGUCACUCAACUCGACCCCAAAGAGGAGGAGUUGUCUCUUCAGGACAUCACCAUGAGGAAGGCCUUCCGCAGCUCCACCAUCCAGGACCAGCAGCUGUUUGAGCGUCAGUCUCUUCCCGUCCCCAUGCAGGAGACAUACGAGCUGUGCGAACAACCUCCGCCGCUGAACAUCCUCACACCCUACAGGGAUGAUGGGAAGGAAGGGCUGAAGUUCUACACCAACCCGUCGUACUUCUUCGAUCUGUGGAGAGAGAAGAUGCUGCAGGACACAGAAGACAAGAGGAAAGAGAGGCGGAAACAGAAGUUGCAGGAUCCCCACAUGUACGAUCAGGUCUAUAAAUAUCUGGACCUUCCAGUGCAGCAAAAGAAUAUGGACCGUCCUCAUGAUCUGGAGAAGAUCCCGCGAGCGCCUCACGACCGCAGGAAGGAGUGGCAGAAGAUGGCUCUGGGAGCGGAGCUCGCCGAAGAAGAGGACAAACACAGAGACGCCAACGGAUCGGCAGCCUACCACGAGCACAGGCAGAUGUACAUUGAUAAUCUGGACGGGCCGUUCUCUCUGGCCGCGCUGCCGUAUUCUCAGAUGAACGAACUCCUGAACCGUACGGGAGAGAGAAACUAUGGCCGCCCGCAUGAGCCACCACCACCACCACCAACAUACCCCCCCGACACCAAAUCAGCCUCCGUUAUCAGCUCCAGCUCAGGUUUCUCGGAUAGCGUCACGCAUUCUCCGGCUCGCACGCCUGUCUUCCUCAACUCCAAUGCCCCGCCCCCGGCACCUCCCCCUUUACCCCCGCCCCCUCCCCCUCUGCCAGCCAGCCUAUCAGGUUCAAGAAUGCGUGGUUCAGCUCCGCCUCCGAUCCCUCCCUUACCUUUCCAGCAGCCCCUGGCCAUCCCCCCUUCCCCCGCCCCCCUCCAGAUCGCCCCGGGCGUCCUGCCCCCCGCCCCCCCUCCGGUGGCUCCGCCCCUUCACUCCUCCCCCGCCCGCGGACAGCUGGGCAAGACUCCGCCCACAGCUGGAGACGGAAUGGUUUUGCCACCUCCUCCGCCGCCUCCUCCUCUGCCCCUCCCAGGAAACAGAAGCUCCUCCCCCUGCUCAUCCUCAGGCCCGCCCACCAUGCCUUCCUUCCCAUCAGGAGCCGUUUCGUCGCCACCCACUCACUCGGGUCACGAGGUCAAGAGGUAUCCAUCCAACCUUCCGCCAAUCAGCGACGCCCGCAGCGUUCUAUUGGAGGCCAUCCGUAAAGGGAUCCAGCUGAGGAAGGUGGAGGAGCAGCGGGAACAAGAGGCCAAACACGAGCGCGUGGGGAACGACGUGGCCACAAUCCUGUCGCGCCGCAUCGCGGUGGAGUACAGCGACUCCGAAGACGAGGACGAGUUCGACGAGGUCGACUGGAUGGAAUGAGAGAAAGACGAACGUCACGGGAUCAAGAGUUUCAUGAAAUCUCAGCUAACCUUCUUCCCAAUAACAGUUUUCCCACAAACACUCUCCCAUCAGUCGCGGUCUAAUUCAGGAAACAUCGGGACUGCAGACGACUGUAUUCCAUGUUCCCAGAAUGCUUUGCUUUAAUGUUUUUUAACCACUUGUUGUGCAAUUGAUGAAUGAAAAUAACCAUGUUGGGGUUUUUUUAUCUGUCAGUUUUCUUUCAUUUGAAUUCGUCCGUCUUUUAUUCUCAAUAGGAACAACAAAAGCGGUUGGUUUGUUGUUAUAGUUCAGCGCGAGAGACGACAGCGACUUCUGGUCACGACAGGAACGUCUCAGUGUGUCAUAUCAGAAUGUGACGGAUGAUUAUUAUACUUUCUAUAUCAUCUAAACUGUUCUUCCAUUUCAGAGAUGUUUGAUGUCAUUUUGUGCUUGUGAUGGACAAAGUCAAAGGAAAAAAAUGAAGGAACGUUUUUAUUAUCUUGUCAAGACGACUUAAAAUACACGAGUGAAUCUCUUGUCCAUUUCACCUCACAAUUAAAAAUUUA